GUUUCAAAUUAGAGGCAAACAGCGCUGGACCGUGCGCUGGUCCGAAAUGCAAAAAGUACGCAGUUUUCAGUCGCUGAGAGCGGCAACGCUCUUCGCCCACUUACAAAAGCGUGGCCAAACCAAUACAGCUGCCGCAGCUGACGCAUCAACUAAGGACAAUGUUGUUUGGGAGCAGGCACGUCCUUACGAGGAAAUGCCAUACGCCAAUCUGUUGUCACUCACCUAUAACAUGGCCUUUCCCGGUGGAAGAUACAAAGGCUUGGACUUAACUCAGCUGGUCAUGGCUAUGCGUAGGGACUAUGGUGAUAUAUAUAGGAUGCCCAAGCUAUUUGGCAGAGAGCCAAUGGUCACAACAUAUAAUCCCAAAGAUUUUGAGGUAGUGUUUCGACAUGAGGGCGUUUGGCCACACCGACCUGGGGCCGACACAUUACGUUUCCAUCGUGAGCAGUAUCGCAAAGAUUUCUUCCAAGGCGUUGAAGGUUUGAUUCCCACGCAAGGCAAGUCCUGGGGCGAAUUUCGUAGUGCAGUGAAUCCGGUGCUGAUGCAGCCAAAGAACGUGCGACUCUACUACAAGAAAAUGUCACAGGUUAACUGUGAAUUUGUUGAGCUCAUUAAAGCAAAGCGUGAUGCAACUACACUGGAGGCGCCUGAGAACUUCUUGGAAGAUAUUAACAGGUGGACUUUGGAGUCGGUGUCUGUAGUUGCUCUGGACAAGCAGCUAGGUUUGCUCAAAGAUGCCACCACCACCAAGGAGACCUUGCUGCUGUUCAAGAGUCUGGAUGAAUUCUUUACCUACGCUGCUAUUCUGGAAAUACAGCCAUCGCUUUGGCGCUACAUUGAAACACCAAUGUUCAAGAAGCUAAUGAAGGCGUUCGACAAUAUACAAGAAGUGACCUCUGCAUUUGUGAAUGAGGCUUUGGAGCGCUUAGAGCGGGAGGCGCAGCAAGGUUUAGUGCGUGCAGAGCAUGAGCAAAGUGUGCUCGAGAAGCUGCUGAAGAAGGACAAGAAAGUGGCCACUGUUAUGGCCAUGGACAUGCUAAUGGCUGGCGUGGAUACUACCUCAAGCACAUUUGCUGCUGCCAUGUUGGGCAUUGCCAUCAAUCCAGAGAAGCAAGCAAAGCUGCGCGAGGAAGUGAUGCGUGUGCUGCCCAACAAGGACUCGGAAUUUACCGAAGAGUCGAUGAAGAAUGUGCCUUAUUUAAGAGCCUGUAUCAAAGAGUCGCAGCGCCUGUGGCCACUGGUAAUUGGACAUGCGCGCACCACAAACAAGGACUGCGUCUUGAGCGGCUACAAGAUUCCAGCUGGCACCUUUAUCUCUAUGAUUCCAUUGAAUUCGCUUACCAGCGAGGAAUACUUUCCGCGAGCUUCGGAAUUUCUGCCGGAGCGCUGGCUGCGAAAUGAAACAACUUCGGAUGCCAAAUGUCCAGCAAAUUCGCUGAAGAUAACCAAUCCCUUUGUAUUCCUGCCUUUUGGCUUUGGACCUCGCAUGUGCGUAGGCAAACGCAUUGUCGACAUGGAACUAGAGCUUGGCAUAGCUCGCCUUAUACGUAACUUCAGGGUGGAGUUUAAUUAUCCAACAGAAAAUGCAUUCCGUUCUGUUUUGAUAAACAAGCCGAAUAUACCGUUGAAGUUUAAGUUCAUAGAUUUGGAAAAAUAAUGAAAAUACCAUGAGAAUAAGUAACUAAUAACGAUGUUCAAUUCAACUUUAUACUCAAAUCAAUCAAGUCACAACUUAUCCCAAUAAAACAAAUUGCAUUUUUUCAA